ACGAAUCAAUCAAUCAAUUUUGCCUUUUCAUAUUUAUAUUCACAACUUUUUCAUUUUCUUCUCUCUGUGAUUUUCACCAUCAACAACGUCAUUGGUCACCAUGUCAGCGCGUCGUCGAACCUUGCUCAAGGUCAUCGUUCUCGGCGACAGUGGGGUUGGCAAGACGUCGUUGAUGAAUCAAUAUGUUCAUAAGAAGUUUAGUCAACAGUAUAAAGCGACUAUAGGUGCGGAUUUUGUGACUAAGGAACUCCAGAUUGAUGACAGACUCGUCACUCUGCAAAUAUGGGAUACUGCUGGUCAAGAGAGAUUUCAGAGUCUUGGAGUUGCGUUUUAUAGAGGAGCUGAUUGUUGUGUCUUGGUGUAUGAUGUUAAUGUUAUGAAGUCAUUCGAUACACUCGAUAAUUGGCAUGAUGAGUUUCUUAAACAGGCCAAUCCUCAAGACCCUGCAACAUUUCCAUUUAUCUUGCUUGGAAACAAGAUUGAUAUUGAUGGUGGUAAUAGUAGAGUGGUUUCUGAGAAGAAAGCAAAGGACUGGUGUGCUUCCAAAGGGAACAUAGGUUACUUUGAGACAUCAGCUAAAGAAGAUUACAAUGUUGAUGCUGCAUUCUUGUGUAUUGCAAAGACUGCUUUAGCCAAUGAACAUGAACAGGACAUAUAUUUCCAGGGCAUCCCAGAGACCGUUGUUACAGAGACCGAGCAAAGAGGUGGUGGCGGUGGUUGUGCUUGCUGAGGGAUCUCACAGAUUCACCUCCAAUGCAUCAUUGGUUGCUUUACUUCUCAAUUUUUUUGUGUGGUCAUGAGUCAUCUUCAUUUUUGGUACACUUGUAUACUACCUUCUUCCUACUCUUGCCAUAUUGGACUAUUAUGGUGUGUGCCAUCUUGCUAGUUGUUUCAGUUAGGUUGAGUUUCAAUGAAGUACAAUCAUCGAAACCGAACCGAAAUUGAACUUUCUUUUCUUUGCCACGAGUUCUUUAUUUAUUUAUUUAUUUUGUUUCGAAAUUUUGACAUAGGAACACAUUGCUUCUAGUUGUCAAAACCAAGUUUUUGCGGUUGAAAUGACAAUUUUAUUUAGAUUUUGAGUA